CUGGCGCCGCGGGCCGCGCUUUUGUCCGGCGGGGCCGGGCCGGGCUGGAUCGGGACCGGGACUGGGAGCCGGACCGGGAUCGGGAUCAGAACCGGGAUCGGAACCGGAGCCGCCCAGCGCCGGCCGAGGAGGCGCCGGCCGGGCCCUCCCUACAGGACGCGGCGGCGAUGCUGUGACCUACAUUCGCGACAAGGAGGUCCCCAGCCCGCCGCCGCCGCCGCCGCCGGGCCAUGAAGCGACACAAGUGAGGGGCCAUGGCCAGCCCGGCACCAUGGCUGCGCUGGACACAAACAGAGCUGACGCGCUGGCACGGCGAGCAGGAGGAGGAGGAGGAGGAGGAGGAGGAGGAAGAAGACGACUUUGAAAGGCGGAUGGACGAGGAUGGGGUCAUCGGCCUGGGGGAGGGUGCCAGGAGCCCCCCGUGGGGUGGCAGUGAGGAGCUGGAGGAGGGGUCCCCGGCACAGGAGGGGCGAUGGCACCCGCGGCAGGAGCCGGCCGAGGAGGAUGAGGAGCGGGGCAGCUCCAGGGGGGACGAGGGGCCCUGGGGGGCAGAGAGCGAUGGGGACCCCGAGCUGUCCUCUGGGGGCUGCUGGGGCUCGGGCUCCAGCGGCAGCCCCGAGGCCAUGAGGGCCGGCCGGGCUCUGUGCCAGCCCCGGGGCUGCAGCACGGACGGGGGGGACACCUCAGGGCUCUCGGACACCAGUCCUGGCCCCGGCACCCCGUCCCGCCAGCUCCGGGGCUGGGGCACGGCCAGGGACACCAUCGGGGGGCACAGGCAGGAGUGGAGCCCGAGACGGAGCCUCCCCCUGCAGCUCUCCCCCGAUGGCCCCAGCCCCGAGCGUGUCCCCGAGCCCCAGAGAGCUGGCACAGGGAUGGCACCUGCUGGCUCGGCACCCAGCGGGCAGCCCCAGGGCGCCGGCAAUGCCGCGGCACCCCAAGGGCACGGCAGAUCCCGAGUGCCCAAGAAAGCAGCGCCCGCCGUGGUGCCCCCCAAGGCCGCCCGGCAGUCGCGGUCCCUGAGCCCCCGGCGGCGAACGGGUGCCAAGGGGACAAAGGAUCCCUCGGGAACGGGCACCGAGGGCACGCAGUACGGCCGAGGGCGCCUCAACCACCCCCUGCCCGACCUGUCCAAGGUGGAGGCGCGGGUGAAGUUCGACCAGAGCUACCGCCCGCCCCGGGGCCGGGUGCUGCCCGCCCGCCCCCGCGGCCCCAUCGGCUUCAAAUCCCCGGCCGAGAUCGUCCGGGAGGUGCUGCUGAGCAGCGGGGAGGGGGCGUCCCCGCAGCCCCCCAGCACGGCCGGGCUGCCGCAGGAGUUCAGGUCCCCCAGACAAGCCACGGCGCUGGUGCAGCAGCUCCAGGACGACUACCACAAGCUGCUGACCAAGUACGCCGAGGCUGAGAACACCAUCGACCAGCUGCGCCUGGGCGCCAGGGUGAGCCUGUUCUCCGACCCGCCACAGCCCAGCCGCAGCCUCGCCGUGGGCACCGUGGCCAGCGGGAGCCGAGUGAUGACCCUGAGCAUCCCGCAGGCACGGACAGCGGCUCUGGGCAUGGCCACAGCCCCGGCCACAGCCCCGGCCUCGCCAGCUGCAGCUGCAGCCCCGGGACUGUCACAGCGGGGGGGUUCACCCCAGCCUCGAUCCCCUCCCCUCCCCGGGGGGGCUGCCCCAGCUGCCCCGGGCCGUGCUGCUGCCCCGGCCCGCGGCUCACCCGGGCCCUGGCGGGGCAGAGCCGCCGGCUGCAGGCACAGGUGGAAUCCUUCGAAAGCUGGGUGCGUGCAGGGACCCCCACAGCCUCGGAACAGCUCCAGGUGCGUCAGCCCCUUCCCCGACCCCAGCCUGGGGAGGAUGAGGAUGCUGAAGGACGCGCAGGAUGCGCUGGAGCGGGAAUACCUGCGGGGCCGGCAGCAACUCCCGGCGGCUGCGGGGGGGUUUGAUCCUGAUCGGGCAGUGGAAGGGGAGAUUUACCGCCUGGGGCUGCGCCUGGAGGGGCUGAAGGAGCGGCUGGAGCCGGGGGGCAGGCGGCAGUCCCUCCCUCAGCCCCCCCCGCAGCCCCCCCCGCAGCCCCGCUGCCCCCCAGCCCCGUCCCCACCGCCGGCCGCCCUCUCCCCACGCCCCGAGAGCCCUGCGCUGGUGGAGGAUCCUCGGGGGACAGCAGGGGACAGCGAGGGGGUGGCAGAGGGGCUGUCCUGGCCCCUCUGGCACAAGCAGCGCCAAGUGGAGGAGGAUUUUGGGGACCUGCUGGAGCAGUACAAGCACUUCAAGUCCUUGCCGGAGUCUCUGAGCCUGGAGCGGCUGAGCCUGGCAGGGAGCCAGUCCCAGGAGGAGGUGGAUGCACCCACGGCAGGGGACAGUGGCCCCAGCAAGGUCCCCUGCAGGACACGGUCACUCGAGGAGGAGCCCAACCUCGAGCCCUUGCCCUUGCACUUCCCUCAGAGAAGAGCUGCGACGCUUUCCCCCAGAGGACCCCCAAACCUGGAGGAGACACGGGGCCACCCCUCCCCUGCCCCUGCUGAGGAGUCACCAGCCUCUGCCAAGCCUUCCCUGGGAGUCCCUGGGCCACCACGGGUGUCCCUGUCCCUCACUGGGACAGGCAGCGGUGCCACCCAACCCAGGCCCCGCAAGGAGCAGCGCAUCGUGUCCCCAGAGACCGACAGCGGCUUCGUGGGCUCGGAGGCCAGCAGGGUGUCACCCCCCGUGCACACCCCCGAGCACCAUCCCCCCGGCCCCGGGGCUCCGGGCUCGCUGGGACCUUCUGUCCCCAUCCCCAGCAGCCUCCAUACCCCACGGGAGAGAGAGACAACCCUGCUUCCCUCCGAGACAGCACUGAUGGGCAUCUACCCCUUGGGGGGCACAGGGGGGCCCCGGCUGCCCCCCAGCAGCCCCUCUCAGAGCAGCUCCCCCCCUCGCUGGGCUGAGGGCAGCGAGGUGGGACCCGACCCCGACGCUGAUGAUGGCACUCACACGGACUCGGAGGUGGGAGCCAGGAGCUGUGCCAGCACCAGUGGUCACCCCCCAGCCGUGGCCAGGAGCCCAACCAGCCCCCUGCCCUCCCCCGAAACGCCAUCCCCCACCCUCCUGUCCCCCGACCUGCCGUCCCUCGACCCGGCUCACUGUGACCUGCUGGGCUCCCGUCUGCACCGCGACCGGGCCAUCCGGGCGCUGCAGGACGAGGUGUGGCGGCUGCAGCGGAGGCUGGAGGCGAGCCUGUGCCACUCCCGCAGCUAUCCCGGGGGAAAAGCCGCUCCCCGUGUCACCCCGGCCAGGGGGCAGCCAGUGGCCAGCGCACCAUCGGCCCCGCAGGACGCGGCACCCUCGGGGGAGCCGAGCCCCCCGGUGCGGGGCAGGGCGGCCCCCGGGGUCACACCCGUGCGGAGGGGGAGGUCGGCAUCGCUGCCACGGGACAAGCCCGAGCUGGACCUCGGUCUGGAGCUGGGUCCCAGCGGAUGCCACCCCCCUUCCCUGUCGUCCACCGCAGCCUCCGAGUCAGAGCCCGGGCCCCGGGCACCCCCUGCCCUGCGGAAGCACCUUGGGAAGCCCCCGGGGGCGGUGACAUUCCGGGGACAGCACGCAGGGACACGGUACCAGGCGGGGACACCACGUGCCACCCCGGCACCCCGAGAAGAGCCGGGCACCUCGGGGUGUCCCCAAUGUCACAGGGGCAGGAUGGCAUCAGCUGCAUCUGGGGGAGGUGACACCCCCCGGCAGCCCCAGCACAGCACCCCCAGGAGAAUGUCCUGCCCCACCUGCCGGGCGCCCACGGGCAGCAGGGACACAGCCACACACGCAGAGCGUGUCCCUGGUGGCUCCUGUCCCCCAGGUCCCCACGCUGGAGCUGAGAAGCCGGAGCAACCUGGAAUUUGGUACUUGGCAGCCCCCCCUGCUGCCACCGUCUGCCUGGCACCCGUCCCCCUCGUGCCUUAUGUGCCCUCCAUGCUCUACUGCUCCCCAGCAGUUCCUACCUCAGCCCCAGCCCUGGCCGGGGUCCCCCUCGCUGUCCCUGCGGGUCCCCGGCGGGCAGAGCGUCCCCCGCGGCCCCAGGGCCACCAGCGCUGCCUGAGCCUGGAGCUGGAGGAGCUGGAGGAGCUGAACUGGUGCCUGGGCCGGGCUGUGGAGGCUGCCCAGAGCGCCAGGCUGAGCUCCAGCCGCAUCAGCCGGGCCCUGGCCGCCGAGCUGGGCCGGCCGCGGGGCCUGCGCGGCUCCUGCCUCUUCUGAGGGCCCUGCUGGCACCUGCAGGGCCUCUGUGACACCAGGAGAGGGGGAUGGACCCCUCAGCAUCCCUCACUGUGUGCUCCCUGCCAAACAUGGGGGCAGCAGGGAUGGAGGUGCCUCCAGAGUCUCUGUGCUACCAAGAGAGGCGGAUGGGCCCCUCAGCGUCCCUCACUGUGUGCUCCCUGUCAAACAUGGGGGCGGAGGUGCCUCCAGGCCCUCCAUGCCACCAGGAGAGGAGGAUGGACCCCUCAGCGUCCCUCGCUGCAUGCUCCAUACCAAACCUGGGGCCAGCAGGGCUGGAGGCACCUUCAGGCCCUCCAUGCCACCAGGAGAGGAGGAUGGGCCCCUCAGUGUCCCUGCACUGUGUGCUCCCUGUCAAACAUGGGGGCAGAGGUGCCUUCAGGCCCUCCAUGCCACCAGGAGAGGAGGAUGGGCCCCUCGUUGUCCCUCACUGUGUGCUCCCUGCCAAACCUGGGGCAGCAGGAUCAGAGGGACUUCAGGGGGUCCUGCCCUGGCUCCCACCCCCUUCCCACCCUCCCUGCAGUCCCUGCAUGGCCUGUCCGUCUGUCUGUCCGUCUCCAGGACCCCCAGGCUGCAGGAGGGGGGUGAAGGCAUGGGCAGAAGUCUCCAGCAUUGCACAGCCCCAUCCCCUGGGAGCAGCGGGGUGUCCCCCCAGGGCCGUGGCCACCCCACCCUGAGCACUUCUGGGGGUGCUCUGACCUCGUGUGGGUCGAGCCCCCUUGGCAGCUGUGUUUACCUCUGUGCCUGUGUGGGCAGAAUUCCCUGGCAUUCCCUGGCAUUCCCUAUUCCACCCCUUUCCAGGCCUCCUCAAGGGGCUCUGCCCUCUGCCCUUGGACUUGAACCCAGCAGGAUCCUCCCUGGGGAAAUUUAUUUUUAUUUUGUUGGUUUUUAUGUGAAUUUUUUAGCUAGUAAGCAGCUAAAUCGCUCUUUGGAGUGUUGAUUGAUGAUCUAUAAUGUGUGUGUGUGAUAUAUGUGUAUCUAUAAAUGGAUAUAUCUAGAUAGGCAUAUCGAUAUUUAGUUUUAUGUCUAUAUCUAGAGCGACAGAUAUAAAUAGAUCUGUGUAUGUCCAGAUCUGUAUCUGGUUCUAUAGAUAUAUCUUUCUACAGAUACAUAUAUAUAUAAAUAUUCUGGUUUGCAUUUCCAGCACAACCCUUAGGGCAUUUGUGGGGUUUUUUCCCUGGAUGUGGCCACCCACAACAUCAUCCAGACAGAAAAUAAAAUGAAGGAUUUGAGGUUUUCCCCCUGAGCUCCUCAGGGAAGCUGGGCUGGUGGAGGAGAAGUCACCUGAGACCAAAGUAGAUGUGGGGCUGUGGAGCCCCUGGUCCCCCCAGCUGGGUUUCUAAGGAGUUAAUUCCUGUUUUUUAGGGAAAAGGAUGUGGUUGGGGCAGCUUUUCCAGGGAUGGGUCCAGCCAAACCCUCUGCUCCACCCCCAGCACCUCAGCCUGUGUUUAUCUGUAGGACCUACCUGAAGUGCCAGUGUCAAAUGUAUUUAUUUUUCUUUUAUUUGUUGUACAAAUACCCACAUUUGGAGGGGGGGGGAUCAGUGAGGGACUCGGGUCUGGAGCCUUCCAAGCUCCCCCUGAGCCUGAUCCUGACAUGAGCCCAGAGGGGUUGGGAAUGGGGCUGUCCCUUCCUCCUUUUUUGGGCCAAGAGGGCUGGGUUUGGGGGAUUUAAAAGAGGUUUGGGGGAUUUGAAAGAGGUUUGGGGAAUUUAAAAGAGGUUUUAUGUGUCUCUGGUUGCCUCUGCUCAUGCUCCUGCCCCAAGCUGGAAGCUGUGACUCCCCCAGCCCAGGCAGGGCGUGAUAGAAACAUGUGGAAAGUGUGGUUGAUUAUUCCAAACGUAGUAACCAGGACCAAAUGUUGUAUUUUUUCCUUUAUCCCCUAUUUUUUAACGCCCAGCAGAGCCACUGGGGUGGUAUUUUGUACGAAGAAAUUGCCUAUUUUUGAAGGAAAUAAAUGCAGUUGGAUGACUCGUGUGCUGAUUUUCCUUCCCAAAGCCACUCCUAGGGGGAGGUUUGGCAUCACCACACAGCCCUCCCUUGGGGUUGGAGGGAAUAUUUUCCCAUGCCUUUUCCCUGUUUUCCUGGCCCUGAGGGAGCAGCAGAGCACAGCCCCAGUUGCACU